CCGGGCCGGCGGGAGGUUGGGCCGGGCCCGGCCCCGCCGCCAUGGCCGAGGGCUCGGCGGAGCUGGAGCUGUUCCGCCGCCGCUGGCGGGAGGAGCUGGUGGGGGGCGCGAAGCGGCGGCGGCAGGAGGCGGCGGCGGAACCCGAGAGGCACCGCAGCGCGGAGCCGGGCGAGCCGAGCUACCUGGCGCUGGCCCGAGGCCUGCUGGACGGCGGCGCCCCGGCCUGCCGCAGCCCGUCGCCCGCCCGCCCCGCCGAGGAGCCCGCGGAGGACGGAGGCGGCGACGGCGACGACCUGCUGGGGCAGCUCAUCCGGGACCUGAAUGAAAUAAAUGAGGUUCCCUUCUUUGAUAUCCAGCUGCCUUACGAACUGGCACUGAAGAUAUUUCAGUACCUAGGCAAGACUGAAUUGGGAAGGUGUGCUCAGGUCAGCAGGACAUGGAAAGUACUUGCAGAAGAUGAAGUGUUGUGGUACCGGUUGUGCCAACAGGAAGGAUACCUAUUAGAUACGAGCAUCUCUGAUCAUUCCUGUUGGAAGCUCGCCCUCAAGAACUGCCGUGCCAGAGAGCGCACUUUGAAAACCAACUGGAAGAACCGCAUCGGUGCUGUGAGCCAGCUGCGAUAUGAGCUGGGAAAAAUUCUUUGUGAUGUACAUACUUGCGAUGGAGUUGUUAUUGCUGGAUACACAUCAGGAGAAGUGAGGUUGUGGGACACUCGCACCUGGGACUACACAGCCCCCAUCCUGGAACCAAUGCACGGUCCUGGUGAUGCUGGACCUCAGCCACAUGUCUCCUUUGUGAGGAUAAACAGCUCUCUGGCUGUAGCAGCUUAUGAGGAUGGAACAGUUAGCGUUUGGAACCUGAUGUUCGGCCGGGAGCCAAUCCAUCAUUACCAGCACAAUCAGAGGAUACAGGCUUUAGCUCUUGGUUCAGAGGGUGCAAUGGUAGCGACGGCAUCUGGCUUCGAGGUCAAAGUGGAAAGCCCUGAUGACAGAGGAUUUUGGCAAACUACGGAAACAUUUGAAAUCCAGAAAUUGGUCAACUUCCUUAAUCUGGUUCCAGAUGUUAUGGGGAGUCCAGUGACAGUAGCAGCUGCAGAAGACGUUGUCUAUCUCCUGAAAGCAGAAGAUCCUGGCAAAAUUCUCCAUUCUGUCUAUGGUCAGCCCAUCACAUGUCUCGAUGUGUCCGCUCAUGAAGCGGUUUUUGGGGUCAAAACCUUUGGCUGGCUAUUGAAUGAGCCCAACCAGAUUCUUCUUUACAAUCUGGAAACAAGUCAGUGUCUGAAGAAGAUGGGCAACUCAAUAGGUGACUUUACGUGUGUCAACCUCCAGAACAGUCCUCCAAACAUGCUUGUUACGGGCAAUAAAGACAGAAGGGUCAGGGUAUUUGAUCUCCGCAAAGGUGAAUCUUUGUGCUCCCUCUAUGCCCACCAGUUAGGAGUGUCAGCGGUCCAGAUGGAUGACUGGAAGAUCGUCAGUGGGGGAGAAGAGGGCUUGGUCUGUGUGUGGGACCAACGGAUGGGCACGAAGCUCUGGGAAAUGCACGCAAGACAUCCAGUCCGCCACGUAUGGUUUAAUUCUCAUAGUCUCAUCACUGCAAACAUCCCUGAUGAGAAAACUCCCCGAGGCGCCAGCAUCACGGACGACGACCUUACUGUGCACCGCAAGCAUCGAGGAAUCAUUUAUGCCUAUGAGUUCUCAGUGGACCAGCUGGCUGUAGAAAGCAUCCUUCCUAUCUGCCGCUCUUCCUACGACGAACUGAGUGGUUACAACUACAACAUUGGCCUUGCAGUUCCCUACGAUAACAUUUAGGUAACUCGCUUUCCUUGGCUUCUGUGGUCCAGCCCUCUGCCAGGUACAUGGCCAAAGGCAAAAAGGAGAUCCACGUGGAACAAGUGUCAAAAAGAUGGCUGCAGGCACGUCAAAUGGACAGAGCAUUUGCCGAAAACUUGGAGAUAUAAAGCAGAACAGAGAGUACAGCUGCCCUUGAGCGUGUCGCUAAAAUAUGUUGCUGCGCGGAUGUUCAAAGGUCCACUGUGGUGGAACGGAGAGUCUGAAGAGUGAAAGGGAACGCCAGUGUAAACAAAAAUGUUCCUUCUUGCUGCUUGUGGGAACAACGCUGCUGAUCCCAGCUUGACAGAGGACGCGGUCAGGAAGCGAGAGCCCCAAGUGGCAACCGCUGAAGUGGUGGGAGGCUGGGAGCACACUGAGGAGUUCAUGUGUAUCCUGAGGGGGGCGGGGGGCGGGAAACAACUCACCAAGAAUUUGGAAAAAGCAUCUUGCUGAGCCUUGUUUGAAAUUUUUUUUCCUUGUAAUGAGCUGCUCAUUCUGCUUUUCCUUGGAGUGCAUCAGAAUGUGUCUAGGAACAAAACCAUGCACAAAAAGUUGUGGUGGUUGGGAGAGGGGGACUGUGAUGGAGAGAGAGAGAGGGAGAGGGGAUGGUUGGCCUUGGCUGGAUGCUUGGAAUCUCAGCAGGCCACAUGCAUCAAAAUUAUUUUAAAAUAAAUUAUUUUUUUAAGUCUCUAAAAUUCUGGAUUAAAUGUUUUCUAAUUGUAUAUGUUCAUAUGUGGGGUUUUUGUUCAUAAGUCUCUUAGGGUGAACUAACCCCUGUGCGCUGGAACAAAAGGCUGUCAUGUCUUGGGUUAGCUGUCGGGUAUGUUCUUUGCUGGAUCCUUCCCCUCCACAGACCUGGAGGAUUUCCCCGAGAUGGAUGGCACUUGAGUUUCCAGCACUGCCCUCGCUUCCGAGCUGGGAAUCGAUCAUGUUGGUGUAGUGAAACAGAAAGGAUGACCUGGCCGCAGUCCUUCUGCACAGGUAACUAGUACUAAUGCUGUGCCGAAGGGUAAGAUGUGGUACCUCAGGUGUAAAUGAGGAGUAAGGCUUUGUCUUAAACCCAGGUUGCGCUGACAUAGGUACAACAGUUUGGUGAACGAGCUCAAGUCCUGCAUGGGUAUGUUUUACUAUUCUACGGUUGUGAUUUGCCCUUAUAAACUUACAAAGCUAUGUAAACUAAGUUUAAAUGGAGGUUAAGUUUUAACUUAACACCGUUCUGUUAGCGUAAUGGAAUCAAUUUAAAAGUACAGUGCUGGGGAGGGGUGCAGAAAGUGUGCCCAAAGCGGGGGGGGGGGGGGGGGGCGAUGGGCUGGACUGUCACUUCAACCCUUAAGCAGUCACCGAGGCAGCCCCUGGAGAGCUUUGUGCUGCCCACCUCCUGCCUGGAGAGAUGGAUUUCACAGCUCUUUGUUGUCUUUGGCUUGGGGGUGGUCUUCCAUCACCCCUAGGCCAACUUCCACAUGUGUUUUGAUUUUUAACAGCUUUUUCCUUGUGAUGGACUGGUACAAGAAGUGCAAGGGGCAAAGUCAUUCUGUCUGACCAAUAAAAUUUUAUCUUUCAUAAAGCUUUGAUCUUUCA